AUGUACUUUACACUGCUAGCCGGUGCUUUACUCUUUGCAGAUUUUGGAUCCGCAUGUUUCCCAAAUGGACAUGCGGCCAAACAUCUGGUUGGUUGGACACCACCACUUGUAAAGCCAGAAAUUCGACGAGUUCCUCGCCCAAUCCAAAACAAAAUCGCGAUUAACAACGUCAGAAUUUUUGAUGGCUACGAGAUUGGCGAACUCACCACGAUCGUUAUCGAUGGAGAUGUCAUUGGAACAGACGCUAGUGGUGCGGAAUGUGUUGAUGGACUUGGAGGUGUUUUGCUCCCAGGUCUGAUUGACAGUCACUGCCACCCCCUCACACUAGAGCAUCUCGGACAAAUGAGCAGCUACGGCGUCACGACUGCGAUAGGCAUGGGAUGCUCUCCUGAGCCGGCAUGUAAUACUUUGCGAAACCAAACCGGCCUCACAGACUUUUACAGUGCCGGGGAAAUCGCUACUUCGCCAAACAGUACUCACGCGACGCCUCCGACGGGUCCUCCAGAUCUCAUCUCAAAUGCAAAUCAAGCGCAGGAAUGGGUGAAUCAAAGGGUUGGCAAUGGCUCAGACUUUAUUAAGCUCAUCGCAGAAGCCAAUGGUAUGACCCAAGCCGAGCAUAACGCUAUUGUUUAUCAGGCACAUCAGGCCGGGAAGCAGAGCACGACACAUGCCUCAGAUAUUGCAUCUUAUAGGCAGGCAGUCAUAUCCAAGACAGAUAUAAUCCAACAUUCAGUCAGCGACCUAUUAUUACCAGUCGAUCUUGUGAAGCAGAUCAUUGCCAACAACCAAACUGUUACGCCGACACUUACUGUUGCUAGAGUCGUGAACGCAAACCCGCUGUUCAAUCCUUCCGGGAACGGCAGCUUCCACAAUGCAACCCUCAACGCCGGUAUAAUGCACAAGGCCGGAAUAUCUAUUCUAGUUGGAACCGAUUCAAACCUCUUGAAUGCAGGAAUAAACGUUGCAUAUGGGUCCUCUGUGCAUGACGAACUUGAGAAUUUGGUUAGUGCAGGUAUGACGCCAGCUGAAGUGCUGCGGAGCGCUACAAUUCUUCCUGCCCGCCAAUUUGGUUUGAAAGAUCGUGGUAUAAUUGCGCCAGGGUAUAGGGCCGAUUUACUGCUGAUCCAAGGAAACCCGUUGCAAAAUAUAUCGACUACCAGAAAUAUCUUGCGAGUUUGGAAUGCAGGGCUUGAGUAUACACUGGCAUAA